UGGAUUGUUAAUCUGAGAACCCCUUCAAGUUCAAAUCAAUGGCAGCUCGCGCUCAAAGUGGAAUGAUUUGAGUUUACCAAACUAAUUGCAAGCAACAAUGGCGGACGCCGAAGACCUCUGCAAAUCAAACUCUUUCGCGUUCUUUUCUGAUCAGCAUCUCUGCUAUGCCGAUAUCCUUCCUCCUCAUGAGGUCCGAGCGAGAAUCGAAGUAGCCGUCAUUAAUUUCCUGAAGAUAUUGAGUUCUCUGACUCCGGCAAUCUCCGAUCUCUCUCUGAUCAGUAGAAGAUCGAGUAAUGGCCGGGUGAACCGGGGGCUAUUGGCUGAUGUUUCGCGGAUUUUUCUCGCUCAAGCGUUCUGCACUAGGUCUUUGACGAGAGAAAACGCUGCCAAAGCCUUCAUCAGAGUUUGGAAGGUGAUGCAGAUGUGCUACCAGGUUCUGAUUCAGGAAAAAAGAGUGACUCAGAGAGAGCUAUUCUACAAAUUACUCUGUGAUUCAUCAGAUUAUUUCACUUCUCAAUUACAAGUCAACAGGACAGUCCAAGAUGUGGUAGCAUUGCUUCGUUGCAGCCGCUUCAGUCUUGGAAUAAUUGCAUCUAGUAGAGGAGCCAUUGUUGGCCGCCUGGUGCUGCAGGAGCCAAACCAAGAGAUGACGGACUGCUCUACCUGUGGAUCAUCUGGUUAUGCUAUUUCCGGUGACCUGAAUUUGUUAGACAAAUUGGCCAUGAAGACUGAUGCACGCUACAUUAUUGUGGUGGAGAAGCAUGCCAUAUUCCAGCGGCUAGCCGAGGACUGUGUAUAUAAUCAAAUUCCAAGCAUUCUCAUCACAGCCAAAGGAUAUCCAGACAUAGCAACAAGGUUUCUCCUUCACCGGAUAAGCAGAACUUUUCCUGACUUGCCCAUUUUCGGGCUGGUUGACUGGAAUCCGGCAGGAUUAGCUAUACUCUGCACCUUCAAGUUUGGGAGCAUAGGGAUGGGACUUGAGGCUUACAGAUAUGCUUGUAACGUCAAGUGGCUGGGGCUAAGAAGGGACGAUCGACUCUUGCCCGAACAAUCUUUCAUUCCACUGAAACCACGGGACAUCCAAAUAGCCAAAAGCUUGGCAUCCUCGGAGAUCUUGCAGGACAACUACAAGGAAGAGGUGGCUGCAAUGGUGGAGAGUGGAAAGAGGGCCGAGAUUGAAGCACUCUACUUCCAUGGAUACAAUUUCUUAGGCAAGUACAUAGCAAAGAAAAUUGUGCAAGCCAACUAUAUUUAG